AGCCAGGGAUUGAACUCACAUCCUCAUGAAUACUAGUCAGGUUCGUUACUGCUGAGCCACAACUGGAACUCCCCUCAUGCAUUUAUCUUGUUUCUACUUUCUUCACGCCCACCCUUUAAACUGGAUCCCAGAAUGACUCACAAGAAGUUGAAGAUCUCCAAUGAUGGAUUGCAGAUGGAGAAAGAUGAAAGCUCUCUGAAGAACAGCCGUACCUCAGAGAGGUUUAGUGGCACAGGGUGCUAUGGGGCAGCAGGAAAUAUAUUCAUUGGCAGUGGCUGCCACUAUUGGGAGGUGGUCAUGGGUUUCUCCACAUGGUAUGCAAUUGGAAUUGCCUACAAAUCAGCUCCUAAGAAUGAAUGGAUUGGCAAGAAUGCCUCCUCAUGGGUCUUCUCCUGAUUCAAUAGUAACUUCAUAGUGAAACAUAACAGUAAGCAAAUGCUGGUGGAUGUACACCCACAGUUGAAACGUCUGGGUAUCCUUUGGAUUAUGAUUCUUUCUGUACUAUUCUAUGGUCAAUAUUUAAAUAAAAGUAGUUUGGUUGCAUUUAAAUACAAA